AUGGAGCGGAAUCGAAUUGCCGAUGAUGAAGACGAUUUUUCACUUGCAGAGAUCUUCUCCAAAGAGCAGCUCACGGCGUUAUGCACAUGGAAGAAUGGUAUGCGCCUACUGGCAACAGUAUGCACGAUCCUCGCCACGCGUCGCUUCGGCGCACUAGCAGGAAUCCUCAUUGGGUUUGCGCUGAUUCUGUGGAAUUUGAGAUAUGAUGAAGCUGGUGGAGCAGUUAGUGCCUAUUCAGUCUUCAAUCGAGGCGUCCGUCAUUUGCUUGGAGAUCUCCGCCCUGCAGACGUUGACAGGCAGCUGCGCAAUGGAGACCGAAACGGUGACGAACAAGAUGAUGACAACGUAGUGCUGUUGGAUGCGCCGCGGGCCGUGGGAGUGCACAGAUCCCGUGAUGCCAACAAGAGAUGCCCGUGUGGCAGUGGGAAGAAGACCAAGAAGUGUUGCGGAAGGGACUUCCCAGACCAAGACUAG